GUCGACAGCUAAAUGCUCCUAUGUUUGCUGAGAAUGGACCUGUAUUGAAAACUGCCUGUGGUAAAACUGUAGCUGCCUCGGGACGCUGUGUAUUGAAAGUUGAUUUGAAUGGGACUAAGAAGCCGUUUGAAUUCCUUGUGUUUCCUGAAUGUAGUCAUCAAAUGAUACUUGGAUGGAACUUUUUCCGUGCCACCGAUGCCGUUAUCGAUUGUGGAAAUCAAGAACUUACACUUGCAGAAAUCCUUCCAGACAUUGAAUAUUUAAAUAAGUCACAGCUCUCCUUGUUUGCCGCAACCGAUUAUGUAAUUGAAGCAAACACCGCAAAGCGAAUAUGUGCCUUGAAUUCAGAGCUACGGGAAGCAGAUGAAGCUAUGAUUGUUGGAAAUAGAGUUCUUAUGUGCGAAAAAGAACUAUCGAUACCAGCCUUCAAUUGUCACUAUAGAGGAUGGUUGUGUGACAUUUUUGACUUUAACAGUAUUGCGAAAAAAUCCCGAUGCAAUUCGGUGAAGCACAAGAUUGAUACAAGUGACAGUGCACCAAUCAAACAAAGGCCAUACCGUGUGUCAGCCACUGAGAGGCGUGUGAUUGCAGACGAAGUGCAACGAAUGCUAAAAGAAGAUGUGAUACAACCAUCAGACAGUCCAUGGUCAUCUCCAGUCGUGCUUGUGAAGAAGAAAAAUGGUGAAUGGCGUUUUUGUGUCGAUUACAGAAAAUUGAACAAGGUAACUAAAAAGGACGUCUAUCCGUUACCUCGCAUCGAUGAUGCUUUGGACUGCCUGGCUGGUGCAAAACUUUUCUCUAUGAUGGAUCUGAAGUCAGGCUACUGGCAAAUAGAUGUUGAUGAUAAAAACAGAGAAAAGACAAGCUUUUUUGACUGA